AUCGAAAAUGACAACACUACGCAAGGAAACGGUGCAGCGGUCGCUCUCUGGAUCACUGGACAUGCUGAAGCUGUUCUCUGCCGACUUUAUGGAGACAUCGCAAGCCAUAAAAGAUCAGCUCGAUGUCUUGGAGCGCAAGGAGCAGGCGUGGCGAGAGCUUCAGCUCCGCAUUCAGCGCAAUACGGUCGCUGCCGCCGACGCCAUCACGUUGGACGUAGGCGGCGUCGUGUUCAAGACCUCCAAGCAAACGCUAUUGCGCGUCGAAGGCACGUACUUUCAUGCGAUGCUUGGGGCGGGGUGCUGGCAGCCGGACGGGCCAGCGAACUCGUACUUUUUGGACCUGGAUCCGACACAUUUCGAUCGUGUCAUGACGUACCUGCGGACGAGCGAGCUGUCGUUUGACGGGCUGUCUGCAUGGGAGUGUCGUCAGCUUCGAUCGACGUUGGACUACCUCAACAUCCUCACGCCUCGCGACCUCGCCAUGUCCAAACCAACCCCACCAUUGAUCCAAUGGAACCCUCACGCAUGUUCGUCGUCGCUGGUGCUGCUUCACGACCAACGGACCGUUCAAAAGGCGGCGGGCGCGGGGCGAAGCGUGUCGAAUGCGGUCGUGGGCACGACGCCCGUCGAUGUGUUUUCACUACGCCUCGACGAAUUUCCAGCCACGGGCAACGUUCUCGGCAAGAUCUUUGUGGGGUUGGCCCCGUCCAAGGGCUUUGGCGUGUACUCGUACAAUCCGGACCGAUGUGGGUACUACGUGGAGCUGCGCCACGGGUCGGUCUUCGGCCAAGAUGGCACGACCGGCAAACCGUAUGCCACCGGCUUCAAGACAGGCGACGUUGUCACCGUUCGCCGAUGUCACAGGCAGAUUCAUUUCGAAAAGAACGAUCAAGAGCUAGGCGUCGCGUUUGAGCUGGGUCACGACGAAGGGCAACAGGACCUGCUGCUGUUUCCUGUCGUGAGCAUGUACUACCACGGCGCCACAUUGACGUUGGUGCCGUCGCCACCGAAAUGUACCAAUGCUGCAGGACAACUUUAGGACAUAGGUGUGCUUUCAGCUAUCGUUAAUAUAAAUUAAAUGCCAUAUGUAACUGUAUCGCA